GCGAUAUUUUAAUCGAACGUCUGACAUAACCGGAGAUGUUUUAUGGAAGAAAAAUAAAAUCGUGCAUUUGUAACAAGACCAUAGCGUUACUUUAUUAAACGUCUAACAUUAUUUAAAUAUUGCAAACAAUUGAAAAUAUUUUUCUUCUGUAUUUACUUCUUGUCAUCUUUAAUGAUUCAUUUUUUGGUAAUUGUUUAUUAUUUUUUUACGCUACAAUUUUACGUCCACUGUUAAUAUUUUAAACGUACGAAAUAUGAAGAAGGCGACCGGAAUAAUAUAUAUCGCAAGGGUGGAGCGGCACUCCCGGGAAUGGCCGAAACGUUUCGGUCUCGCUCGACCAUAGGUUAUGUUUUUUGACGUGAAGAUUGCGUCACAGGAAACGUCGGAAUGGUGGACGAUGAUGUCAUGGUAUUUUGGACGAUACGAUUGACUUUUACUCGUUACGUUUUGUGACGAGUGAAUAUAUUCCCGUUUCUUAUUGGUUAAAUUUUAAACGACAAGGGCGACGUCAGGUUCCAUUCAUUGAUAUUUUGAAAGUCAAAUUUUUCGUAAUUUUGGUAUUAAAUAUGUAAAUAAAGGGCUGUGUUAUGUAUUUCGACAUUUUAGAUAAGCGUAAUAAAUGGAUUGCGUAUAGUUUUCCAAAUGAUUCAUUAGAAGCAGAUUUUUAAAAUCCAAAAUAUGCCGCAAGAUAGUUCUAGUGGCAAACCUCCCAAAGGUAAAAGAAAAAAGAAUGUAUCAAGAGUCCUGAGUCAUGGUGAUGCAGAUCUUCAAUUACAUUAUAACAAAACUGAUGAUGGCGAUGCUUCACUUCCUCUUGCUUUUCGGGGGCGUCUGUACGAACUAUUUAGCCAAAUCGAAAAGGAGUUCGAGGUAUUAUAUGCAGAAAAUCUUACUUUGAAAGAAAAGAUUGAUUCAUUGAAUGAACAAUUGGAAAGAGAAACAAAUCUUUCGUCAGAACGCCCCAUCGAUUAUGUGGAUAGCGGAGAACCCACGAGUGGUAAAACUAAAGGAAAGAGAGAAUCCUUGACAGCAAGCCAAUUAUCUCAAAAGAUCAAAAGCACUUACAGGUUGAAAGCUUCCACUAGUCGAAUUGUAUCCACUUUCAAAGCUCCAACAAUUAGCUGUCACCAAGUGUCUGAAUAUCUUGGACAUAGAGAUGGUGUAUGGGAAGUCAGUACAGCACGUUGUGGUUUACCAGUAAUAGCCACAGCAUCAGCAGGUAACAGGAAUACUUAAUAUUAAUUUUCUGUG